AAUUUAUGAAGGUGCAGGAAGAAAUAAUCAUUAUUACAGGUAACUAAAGUUUUCUGCACCCUUUCAAAUUUUACCUCCCAUCCCAUCAAGCAUUCCAGAAAAUGUUUUUCGUAAAAGGAGGGGUGACUGAUUCCGGAAAAAAAAAUUCCAAAAGUGUUUAUUGUAUUCUGAAAGAUAAAUUCAGGAAGUAAUAGGUUGUAAGAAGAAAAUGAUAGGGUGCAAGAAGUAAUUUCCUUACUGGUAUCCUAUAAGCCCAUUGUUGAUCUCUUUUGCUGAACUACUCUGUUAUUAGACUCUAGCCUAGAACCCAUUAUUAAGUUGUCUAUUACCAAUGCUUCAUUUUACUGUUAAACUAAAAUGUUCAUAGAAAUCUCACCAUCUUGUAUAUACCAAUCUUAAUGAGUAAUUAAUCCAGGAAGUUUAAUACAUCUAAAAUUAAUUAUAACUCAAACUUAUAUUGUGAUUUAUUCUAAUAAGAUGUUUCAUUUUCCUAUCAUAUAAAGAGAUGAUUUCUUUAAUAAAAAAAUUAUAUUUUUAUGCAAAGGACAUUCUAUUUAUAGAGGAAAACAUAAAAGGGUAAAAAUAACAGACAUUCAGGAUCAACAAAUUUUGUAGUUUCUGAUGGGCUAAUGAAACUCAAAAUCAAAUUAUGUCUUAUUAUAUGCUUGAUUUUGUUGAUUACAAAUAUUUCUAUAUUUUAAUUAUUUAUGACUCAUUCUUCACUUUCUUGUGGCUAUGUAAAAGCAAAGUCAUUGCAUCUUCUGUCUUUGUGGAAGGGUGGUGACCAAUUGAGAUUUUUCAAAGCGGAUUUGAAUGAAGAAGGAAGCUUCGAUGAGGCUGUAAAAGGGUGUGUUGGUGUGUUCCAUGUUGCUGCCUCAAUGGAAUUCAAUGUUAGUGAGAAAGAAAACAAUGAGUUUUUUGUUCAAGAAAAUAUAAUUGACCCUGCUAUCAGAGGAACCAUAAACCUUCUCAAGUCUUGUUUGAAAUCCAAUUCUGUGAAAAGGGUUGUCUUCACAUCUUCCAUUAGUACAAUCACUGCCAGAGAUAGCAAUGGAAAUUGGAAACCAAUGGUGGAUGAAUCUUGCCAAAUCCAACCAAAAAAUGUGUUGAAUACUCAAGCAAGUGGAUGGGUUUAUGCACUUUCAAAGCUUCUCACAGAAGAUGCAGCAUUUCAAUUUGCAAAAGAUAAUGGCAUUGAUCUUGUGUCAAUAAUCACAAGCACUGUUGCAGGCCCAUUCUUCACUGCUAGUGUACCAAAAAGUGUUAAAGUUCUAUUGUCCCCUUUAACAGGUGAAACUGAGUAUUUCAAAAUAUUAUCUGCUGUUAAUGCAAGAAUGGGAUCAAUAGCUUUAGUUCACAUUGAAGAUAUAUGCAGGGCUCACAUGUUCCUGAUGGAGCAUGCCAAAGCAGAAGGGAGAUACAUAUGCAGCAGCCAAAGUUGUACAUUGUCUAACUUAACCACUCUUAUUUCCAGAGUGUAUUCAUGUUCUAACAUCUGCAUGAAGGUUGAAAAAGUUUAUGACAAAGUUCUCUCUUACAUCUCAUCAAAGAAGCUAGAAGAUUUGGGUUUUAGCUACAAGCAUGGCCUUGAAGAUAUAAUUUAUCAAACAGUUAGAUGUUGCUUAGACUACAGUUAUUUACCUCCUGUUUAGGUUGCAGUUUUUCAUUUCAUUAAACAUGAUUUGAAAAACUGAAGUUUGGUGUUUGUCACACAAAUAGAUGAUGUACUCCUCUUCCAAACCAACAACUUCCUUGAAUUUUGGGCAUGUUAUUUUCUCUUACCAUAAUGGCUACAACAUUUCUUAGCCAUCA